GCCUAUAUUUGGACGAAUAAUAAUCGUCGAUCAUUGUUUCUAAUAAAAUUGAUCUUGGGGUAUUAGAGAGAAUUAAGACCUAGAUUUUGAUCUUUAAGGGUUAGAGUAUAGUAUCAUAUCCGAAAGAUCAAUCAAUUCAAGGUCUGGAUAGUGUUUUCGUGCUCAAGGUAUGCGGUAUCACGGAUUUCACCCUACAUACCAUAGAACUCACCGGGCUAAAUUACACGUUUGGUCACUCAUUUUAUACAAAUAUUUCAUGUUUGCCACCCAAAUUACUUUUCUUUCUAAUUCAGCACUAACUUUAUGAAUCGUUUCACCGUUAGUCACCGACCGGUAGACUCCGUUAAAUUUGUCCUAUGUGGUAGUCAACUGUAAAGUUUGACCGUUAACUAGAUGACGUGGAAAUGAAAAAGAAAAAUAUUUUUCCACCUCAACGUUCCACCUACUUUGUCUAAAUGAUUUAUCAUAUUAAUUAUUUAAUAAAAAUUAAUUAAAUUUAAAAAAUUAAUUAUCCAAUUUCACCAUUGGGUAAUUAAUUCGCGAGUAUUGGUUGGAAAUAAUCGCCUGCGAUUUCGAGACGUUUGCUGACACGCGACAGUUCUCACUUCUGAGCAAUGCUCUUAAUCCUGCCGCCACCAACUGGAGACUCAUCUCUACGGAUAAUUUCUUUAAGCGCUCCUGGAGCUGAUAUGAAUACAAACCAAGAGCAAACCUUCUGGACGAUCUGCGAGAGAAAUGGCUUGAAGGAUGAGGCUGUGGAGCUUGACAAGCGAGAGAAAAGCGCUCUACUGUUCGAGAAGCCGUUGGAGAUGCUUAUGCUUGCUGCAGAGAAAAAAACAUUCUGAUGGAUCCCAACCUUGAUUGGAUAAAGAGAGAGUCACAAGAAAAGGCCUUUUUCAGAUAUUUACCCACUUAUAUAAUGAAUUGUUCUUGUAUUAUGUCAAGUAACUAUAGCCAGGUUGAAUAAUUUAGAAUCUGGUGGAAACUAGGUCUCCAUCGCCUUUUUAAUUUCUCUUCGGACAAUAAUCAGGAAGAUUGUAGUAGUCCACGGAGACUAGGAGCCGAGGCCUGCGAGCAAUAGUGGUAGCGCGGGCGGCGGAGGGGGUAAACUGGUGAUGGUGGACAGGGAGACGGAGAUGGAGACGCUACUGCAGGCAUUUCUGGGUUCGAGUGGCGAAGGGAGCAUCGUAUAGAAGGCGGUGACGCAGACGAGAUGGCGUUCGUCGUGAGAAGGAUCGGGGAGAUUAGCGGUGGAGCGGUUGGGAAGGGAAUGAAGGAAUUUGAAGGGUAAGUGAACCAACAACUUCAACUCGCUUCUCCUCACCGAUAACUAAUUUUUGUAAUUUAUUAAUUUUUAUUAAAUAAUUAAUAUGAUAAAUCACAUAGACUUAUUCAAUGAUGAGGUGGAAAAUAAAUAUACUUUUUAAAAUUUU